AUGCCUGAAUUUCAGUUGUUUUUCAAUGAUCAUGCUUCCAAUGAUUUCAACAUCUUUUUCACCACUCUGCCUCCUGAUAGGGAAUACUUGGCUGCUGGAGUGCCAGGCUCUUUCUACGGUCGGUUAUUCCCCAAGUCCUCUAUCCAUUUGAUGUAUUCCUCUUUUGCACUCCAAUGGCUCUCUAAGGUACCAGAAGAGUUGUUGGACAAUGGCUCUCUUACAUGGAACAAGGGAAAGAUUCAUUAUACAAGUGCCUCAAAAGAAAUCGCUAAUGUUUAUGCAGCUCAAUUUGCAAAGGACAUGGAUACCUUUUUCAAUGCUAGAGCUGAUGAGAUUAUAGUUGAGGAAUGA